UGCUGUAACAAUACAAAUUGUAAAUCAAGGCAGCCCGACACUGGCAUCGCUCAACACAGCUCCUGUUGGUUCUUUUAUUUCACGCAAUGUCUAGCCUUGAGAACAUAUUUGAUGACUCGGACCCUGAGGAGGAGUUGGAGGAGUCCGGGGCCCCCGACGACGCCAGCAAUGCGCCAUCGCGGCAACGUGGUCGUGGCAAUCAAUCAGCCGGCCGCGCGACCGAGAACGACGAAGACGAUGCCGACGAGGGUGAAAAUGACAUUGCGGAUGAACCGCAGAAUGAUGACGAAGAGGACGAUGAAGAGGACGAUGAAGAGGACGACGAAGAUGACGAAGAUGACGAAGGAGAAUCUGGAGGUAGACGGCGAAAGAGACCUCGCAAAGAGCGUAGGAAUCAGUUCCUCGAUGUCGAAGCCGAGGUAGACGAGGACGAAGAAGAGAUGGAAGAAGACGAAGACGAAUUAGGAAGAGAAGGUGAUUACUCUGCAAUUAUAUUCUUCAUGCGCUCGAUCCGAUUACUGACUGUCUUUAUUUUCAUUUUGUUAUAGAUGGCUUCAUUCAGGAUGCUGCUGAAGGCGAUGAUUUUGGUCGAGGCGAUGAUCGUCUGCAUCGUGAGGUGGAUCGUCAACGAGCCG